AUGCUCGUCCAGGAGGUGUGGAAGACGUUAUCGAUUGAGGGGGUUGUGGUGGGGGUGUCUGCUUUGCUGGGUGUUUUGUCUUUUGCAUAUGUCAUUUACAACCGCUUUUUGCAUCCUCUUCGGAAAUUUAACGGUCCGUUCCUUGCAUCGAUAACCCCCUGGGUGCAGUUGUAUCAUGGCCUGAAGGGGGACCGGCAUUUGUGGCUUCAUAAUCUGCAUCAGCAGUAUGGAUCGCAUGUCCGUGUUGCGCCGAAUUUUGUCUCCAUCAACUCCGCGCAGGGUCUGCAUGAUAUCUAUGGCCAUGGGAAAAAGCUGAAAAAAGCCAAUUUCUACAAUGGGUUCACUGCCAUCAAGGGCGUGUAUAACACGCACAAUGUGAUUGAUAAGACGGUCCAUGGCCGGAAGAGACGGGUCCUGAGCCAGGCUUUCUCCGAUCACGCUCUCAAGAGCAUGGAGGAUGUCAUGUUGCUGCAUGUUCGCCAGCUUUGCGCAGCCCUGGCAGGGCAGCAGACGGACGGUAACAAGGUUGAGGCACAGAAGACUACCGUCCAGAAUAUGGGCAAUUGGUUCAGUUACCUCACGUACGAUGUCAUGGGUGAACUAUGCUUCGGGAAGAGUUUCGAUAUGUUGGUUUCUAGUGGCCGCAGAAAGAUGAUUCAGCUUGUUGAUCGCGCGGCCAACCGUCACUAUGUGUGCGGUCUGUGGAUGCCCCUUGAUACCUGGCACUUGGACCAAAUCGUCAUUCACCGACUCACCAACGACCGAUGGAACUUCAUCAUGAACUCGCGCGUAGAGGCCAACAAGCGAGCCCAGGAGCGUACGCAGGCAGGCCACGACUCCAAGAAAGACUUCUUCUACUACCUGCUCAACGCCAAGGACCCCGAGACGGGCAAGGGUCUUACGACGCCCGAGCUCUGGGGCGAAGCCAACGUCCUCAUGAUCGCAGGCAGCGACACCACCUCCACCACGCUCGCAGCAACCAUCUUCUACCUCGUCCGCAACCCGCGCGCCAUGAAGCUCCUGACAAAGGAAGUCCGUGAGGCCUUCACCUCAGUCGAGGAGAUCGUCACCGGCGGCAAAUUGAAUGAGCUUGUUUACCUGAAAGCCUGCAUUGAUGAAGCGCUGCGCUUGGCACCCGCCGUUCCGGGGGCCAUUCCGCGGGAGGUGAUGGAGGGCGGCGCCGUCGUCGACGGGGCCUUUUUACCCGCCGGCACGGACUGUGGGACCCCAACUUACUCCAUCCACCGCCAGCCCCAGUACUACCGCGAACCUGAGGCGUAUUUGCCCGAGAGAUGGAUUGAGGGGGCAACAUGCGUAACCGCUGAUGAUAAGUGGGAGAGCACCAAGGAUGCUGUUGAGACUGCACGGAGAGCAUUCUGCCCGUUCAGUAUUGGGCCCCGCGGAUGUAUUGGCAAGGGCAUGGCUUUCAUGGAAAUGCGACUGACCAUUGCGCGGUUAAUGUUCCUGUUUGACAUGGAGUUAGCCGAUCGACAGGGAGAGGAUGAGAAAGGCCAUCUGGCUCUAGUGGAUCAUUUCACCAGCGCCAAGCAGGGGCCGAAUGUGACGAAGCCAUUGGCGUUGAACACCAUCGCACUCAUCCAAUUCAUCACAUACGGUGCCAUUAUCGUGCCGCCCAAUUUCUCCUGGCAGAGAUACAUCGAAGCUCGAUUUCCGGGUUUUCCCAGCUGGAAGAGAAAUAACAGCAACAAUGUGCCUGAUCCCGAUGAUCUCCUGCCAACGAAGGAGAAGCCAUUCAAGCCGAAACAGCAGAGAUCUGGGAUGUGGAACUUUGCUGUGAAGUUCCUCUUGGAUCAAACUAUUGCUGGGGUGUGUAACAUUCUCUUAUUCAUUGUGUUGAUCAACCUGUUGAAGGGGUCGCAUUGGGGGAGGGUUUGGGAGUUGGUUUGUGAGGAUUUUGGUCCCAUCAUGAUAGCUCGUCUAAAGUUUCGGCCUAUUGUGUCGGCGCUUAUGUAUACUGUUGUUCCUGUGGACCGACGAGUGGUAUUUGGGAGCGCCUGUGGAGUUAUCUGGGGAAUUUAUUUGAGUCUUUAUGCGGUUGUUUGA